CCUCAGUGGGGGAGGUGGGACUGCCAGGCGCCGCCCUGGGAUGUGUCCUCGGGAGACCACAAGGGAGGUUGUGUUUGGGUGUGACAUGUGAGUCCCGGUUCCCACCCAAACACCGGAGAAGUUGAGGUAACUCCUGCAAGCCUGGGCUCUAGGCGCCCGGGGAGGAGAGAAGCUGCUGAAAUUGCUCCAGCCUGACCCUGAUCUUAGGCAGAAAGGCUCCGGAGUCUCCGCUGCUCAGAAACCUGGUGUUUUAUUUACUUGGGGACGGUUUCUCUGAAGCCCUCUGUGCCACGAGAGUAUGUACUUGGACCUCAGAGACUCAACUUUGUUGUGAAGGACAAAAUCAGUAGCAGCCAGAGUUGUGAAAGUCCGUUUGGGUGGAGGCAGUUUUCCAGGAGGGGCAUGGAGAGUUGUGGAUCCCCCCCCCCCAGGGGUGGAGGGGGGAAGGUUAUGCCGAAUGGAAGGGAUAGAGUCAAGAAUGAGAUUUUUCCGGCCAGGUAUUCAUCGAUGUUUGUUACUACAAAGAACGCUUGUGGUCACAAACCGUCUUUACUGCCAAUGACUUGUGAGGACAGAACUGUCCACCAACGUUGCCUUCUGCUCUCCAUCCAUCCCACUUGAAACUCCGAGGGCCUUGCCAGGAAAAACAAGGGUGUGGUAGGAGAUGAAAAUAUAAGUCUUAAAAUAUAUUCCUGGAGCCGAAACAUUUCAUUGUGAAAAUAAGCAUCUCCAUAAAGACGUGGACAGAGUUUGCGCUUGGAUCUGGGUGAUGAGCCAGCAAGCAGUUCCUCUUUGGCUGUGUCUCAGGACAUAACUUGGCAAGAUGAGCACUCGGCCCCAUUUUCCUGGGAAACAAGGAGUCAGAUGGAGUUCAGCAUCUCCUCCUUAUCCAUCCAGGAGCCCAGCACAGCCACCGUGACCAGUGAUCCCAGGCCCCUGGCCAAGGCUCCUCAGGGCACACAGGCUGCCAAGCCUGCCCAGAACAGCAGAUCCUCUAGCCUGGAUGCCCUAGGGCCUUCGAGGAAAGAGGAGGAAGCGUCCUUCUGGAAGAUCAACGCUGAGCGCUCUAGGGAGGGGCCUGAGGCUGAGUUCCAAUCUCUGACACCCAGCCAGAUCAAGUCCAUGGAGAAGGGAGAAAAAGUCAUGCCUGCUUGCUACCGCCAGGAACCCAUCACAAAAGACAGGGAGGUCAAGGCUCUGCCCCAAGAACAGCAAACUCUCUCCAGUGUAAGCACAGCACAAGAGGUGCCCCAGCCUGUGCAAGCCCCUGCCAGCUUGCUGCCCAAGGCUACCCCCAUUGAAUCCCCAGAGAAGCCGCCACCUCCCACUGCCCAGCAGGACGACGAAGACGAUGCUCUGUUCUCAGAGCCUGUGUUUGCGCAGAUUGGCUCAAGUAACACCCUCCUAAAGACGGGCUUUGAUUUUCUGGACAACUGGUAGACGGUGCUACCGGAAACACAGCCAAGAGCCCCCGUGUGGCCCACAUGGUGUUCGGAGGAGAAGGCAGCUCUGCCUGUGUAUUUUCCUCUUUCCUCUGCCCUUUUCUUAGUCUUUCAGGAACUAGGAAAUGUUGCCAGGUUUUCUUUCUUUUUUUCUUUCUUUCUUUCUCUCUCUUUCUCUCUCUCUUUCUUUCUUUCUUUCUUUCUUUCUUUCUUUCUUUCUUCCUUUCUCUUUUUGGUAAAACCAAAUAGAUAAAUAUGCUAUUUUCAAGGAUUUGAUAACAAGUUUUACACUUGGGAUUUUUAAAGACAAGAAUCCAGUAAGCCUUGUAAAUAAAACUUCUGUCCUGGGCUCCACCCCACUUCUUCCACCAAGGAGGUUCUCGGACCAAGUCACCAAGGGCCAUGCAGGCGACCAUCUCUUUGUGCCCUCCCCAUUCCUUUUCACUGGGGGCUCCCUGGGUGGAGCUGGGCUGUUGACUGUCACUGUGGAAGAUUCAUCCUUAAAAAUGGGCUCACCUGGAACCCUCCCUUUGCUGAACCACAUCUGGCAUUCUGUGCCCUUCCCCACCCCUGCUUCUAGGAAACAGACUGCUGGCAGGUGGUGGCAGGUGCCCGCUAAGCUGCCUGGUGACUUACUCGGAGCUCUGGUGUUUGAAAGCCCCUGCCUGCUGGCAGGUUUUCUGUCAGCGUCUCGCUGUUUUGUAUGUGGCUGCAGCAGCUUCCUUGGUCUGUGGAUUUUCUUCUGAAGAUGCUGUAAGUGUCCUGCCAGUGUCCCAGUCCUGUCCUCUUCAGCAGUCAGGACCGUGGCAGCGGUGCUGGAGAGCAGGGCGCUUCUGACUCACUGUGUUAGAACCCUCCAGCAUGAGAUUGGAAGGCUUGACUGUUCUUUACCCCGGUUUGGUCAGCUGUAUCGUGAAGGUCUCUCCCCAAGACCUGACCACCUUCAAAUGAAAGAGGCCUUCCUGAUGGUUCCAGAAACUUCCCCUUGCAGCCCUGAGAGCUCACAGCAGCAAGGCUGGGUGAGGAACAUGUCCUCCCCGCUGCCCUGCCACGGCCCCUGGACCACACGCAUCUGCAGGAGGCGCCAAGCAGAUCUGUGAGCUCUGGGUGGCACGGUCUACCCUUUGCCGUCACUCCGUUCUCUUCACCUGAAGCCUUAAUCUCAAUGAGCCCCCUCCUCCGACCACCUGGUUUCAGUACUGAAAGGUGUGACCUUAAUGCCCACGUCACAGGACUUUCUGAACUAGCUCCUGGAAUAUCUAUUAGACCCUGCUUACCAAGGCAGAGCACACACAGCAACUGUCCCACCCUUGACUUUUCCCCUGGGAAAACAUGCCAAAGCUGUACUUAGCCAAUAUUGAUGCGAUACCUGCCAAUUAGUUUAUGUCCUGAGCCUCCCUUGGUCCCUAGGGUGUGGCUUUGCCUUCCUCCGGUGGCUUUUGACCAGUUAUCAUUUCGUACUGUUGUAGAGCAGUGAUAGCAGAAGAGAAGAAAGGCUUCUGGCACAAUGAGGACGAAAAUAACUCGCAAGCCACCAUUGGCACAGCCCAUGCUGGCCCUGACUCUUCAGGGGGGUCCAGCAUGGCUACCGUGUGCCUGCCUCCCUCCCUCCCCAGUGCAGUGGUUGAUUUCACGUCUGUGCACGUUCUCCUUCCGUGUAGGUCUAUGGUCCAUGGCAAGGGCACAGCAGGAAGGCGAAGGCUCACCCUGGCCCUUGACCAGCGUGACAUGUCUAUUCUCUCUCUGUGCAGACAUUUUCCCUUCUUCCCACUUUCUCCUGAUUCCCUUCUAGCUUCUCUAGUGAAAACACAGAGAAGGCUGUGUUUAGGCACAAUGGUGUUUCUCAAGGAGGCCUCCCGAGAGCAGUUGGGAAGCUGGGCGGUGGUGGUGCACACCUUUAAUCCCAGCACUUGGGAGGCAGAAGCAGGUGGAUCUCUUAUGAGUUCAAGGCCAGCCUGGUCUACAGAGUGAGUGUCAGGACAGGCUCCAAAGCUACACAGAGAAACCCUGUCUUGAAAAACCAAAAACAAAAAAGCAAACAAACAGAAAGAACAGGUGGGAAGUCCCAGAUAGGGGGUCCAGGAGGGAUUCUAAAGGACCCACCUGACCUGGGCAUUGUCCUUGUGCCUGGGCAGACCAAGCUGGCUUCUUGGUUUCCCCCAGGAACUAUGUGACAGUGGCCAGGAGAUUAACCAGAUAUUUUCCACCUUCUUUUCCUCCGUCAUCAUGAUGAUACACCCAUCACUUCCCUUCCUCCAUCAUCAUGAUGAUACACACCCAUCACUUCUCUUCCUCUGUCAUCAUGAUGAUACACCCAUCACUUCCCUUCCUCCGUUGUCAUGAUGAUACACCCAUCACUUCCCUUCCUCCGUCAUCAUGAUGAUACACCCAUCACUUCCCUUCCUCCGUCGUCAUGAUGAUACACACCCAUCACUUCCCUGUAAAGCAGUUCUUCCUCUCAAGCCUGUGUAUGAUUUUGAUCUCCACCACACACCCAGGCUCAACGCCUGGGAGGCAGCUCCAGGACUGUGUCUUGCUCUUUGUGGCCAUAUUUGACAAAAGCUCUCAGGAACCUAGACUCUGCCUGUCUGGGUUUGCCCCUGAGUCCCCGGCCCUCCUGGCUUGGCCGUGCUCCUGUUAGGAGCAGCGGAGCCGACCUCCUGGCCAGGUGCAUCCCUCAUGCCAGGGCCAGGAGUGGCCUUCUGUUCUUUACACCGCCCUCUCCUUUGAUACAUAUUUUCAAAAUGGCAGAUUCUUAAUGACAACUUGUAACUGUUCUAUUUUAUACUACUAGCCUUUAAUAAAGCCAUUUUAAAAAUGAGAGUUGGGUC